AUGGCACUUCAAGAAAUUCAAAAAAUUGAAGAUGAAAGGAAUGCCAAUAAUCUAAAUGAGAAUAAUGCCUGUGAAAUAAUUAUGGACAAUUUGGAAGUUACACAUUAUGUCAAGAUUUUCUCUGAAAGGUCAUUAAGUGUAUCACCAGCUGUGACAGUUGAAUUACCUAGUGCUUUGGUCAAUGUGAUUGCUUCUUAUAAAAGGUUUUUUGAGUUUUUCAAGACAGAUACAAUGAUACAAUCGUUAGAUCUUCAUAAAGAUAUUGAACAAGACUGGUUGAAUGAAUUGAACUUAGAUAUCGAUAUUACUCGACUUCCAAAUGAGAAGCUUGAUUUGAUAAAUAUAUUAAAAUACGCAAGUGAAUUCAAUUUAAAGGUUUUGACAAAUGAAUUUCAAUCUAGGGCGAGAAUUUGGUCUAAUUGCAUGACAUUUCCGUCAUAUCAGUUGUAUCCCGUGUUUCAUAAGAGUAUUCAUUUUUUGCAUUCAACAGUAUCCAUAAAAUAUGCUACACCUUGCUCAGGGCCUAGCACUGUUGUUAUUGAUUACUAUACUGAUAAUGAUAAAUGUCUAGGCUUAUUUCUAGAUCAAAUCUUCCGUGACUCCUUAAAAACAUGUGACGAAUGUGGCGAUUCUUUAUUGAAUCAUUAUAAAACAUAUGUACAUGGUAAUGUUAAGUUGGAUGUUAUCAUUGAGAAAUAUGAAAAUGUGUUUAAUGAAGAUUUACAAGAAAAAAAUCAAAGGUUAAUGUGGAGCUCUUGCAAAAUUUGUGAUUAUUCUAGUCCUAUAAAAACCAUGAACGACGAAACUUACUAUUUAUCUGUGGGAAAAUUUUUAGAAUUAUGCUUUGGAGCUGAAAAUGUUACAUUGACUCAUUCUGCAUGCAAUCACGAUUUCUUUAAGCAGCACAUAAGGUAUUUUGCUUUGAACGACUCUGUAAUAAGAAUGGAAUAUUCUGAUAUUGAUACUUAUGAAGUUGUUGUACCUAAGAAGCAAUUGGAAUACUUACCAGAUAUAGAUAUUAAGUUGAAAAUUGAAACAUUUAAUCAAAUUCAAAAGAAAUCGGCAAAUUUUUUUCAAAGUAUAUCUAAUAGACUUAAUAGGGUUAAAGUAGAUACUUUCGAUAAAGCGGAUGAUGGGAUGCAGAAAGUUGAAGAGUUAAAAAUAAAACUUGAUGAACAGGUUGAUUCAGUCAAAUCGAAAACUCUUGAAAUUUAUAAUUCAACCUUAUCUACAAUUCAUCUUCCUCUAAAUUCCGUUUUGCGAGAAUUACAAGAGCUAGGGGUUAUAUGGGAUAAUGAGUUCAACGAGUUUGAAAAAAGCUUUUUACCUACUGAAAACGAAAUCACGAAGAUUACCCAAUUUCAUUUGAAGAAAUUUUUAAUGGACAAAUACAAUUCGGAAGGUCAAAAUAAGGAAACAGAAAUAAGUGAUAUAAAGAAACGUGAUGCAACGAAGGAUAAUAAUGCUGAUGAAACAGAAACAGACUCAGAAAUAGAUACGGGAACAAAAAUUUUGAACAAUGAAAAAAAAAUACUUAAAGAUUCAAUUCAGGAAGAUAGGAAAGGAUUCCCUGAUACCUCUUUGAAUAAAGAAAAAACUAAAGAAAUUGGCAAAAUGAUUCCAUCGUCAUUAUAUGGCCAGUCCAAUGUUGUUGAUAAAAUCAAUAAAAUGGAAGCUUUAUUAGAAAGUGAAAGAAAAUCGCAAGAUAAAGAUACCAAAUCUCUGAAUAAGAAAACAACCCCAUUAAAUACGAAAUCUCCUCAAGUAUCUACUCCUACAGGGAGUGACAAGCAAUUGACAAUUGAAGAUCAAUCAACUAUCCAAGAGCAACCCCAAAAUAAGGUGUCUCAGAUUGCCAAUUUCUUCAACCAAAUGAACUUUGAUCAAAUUUCUAUGGAGUUUAGAAAGCAAAGAGAAGAGGAGCUACAGAAGAAGCUAAACAAAUUCAAGGCUUUACCCAUUGUAGCGUCAAAACCAAUUGUUGAAAUUUAUGAUAAAAUUGAGGACGUAGUAGAUGUUAAUGAUGAAAAUGAUCUAGAUAAGAAAAACUUAAAAAGAUUGCACAAAAAAUCUCCAAGUCAGGAACCUGGUUCAGGUAAGGUUCUGCCUGCCCUUAAAGAUCCAGAAGUAGUCGGAUCGUCUUAUAAAACCGACGAGGGAAAGGUUCAAAAUAAAGAAAAGGAAAAAGAUAAAAACAAAGAUGUUAAAAACCUAGACAUACCACAGCCAGAGAAGAAUUCUUUAUUAAAAUCAUUAACAAACUUCUGGGCUGAUAGAUCUGCCACAUUGUGGGACCCAUUGGAGUACCCGUUGGAUUCAAGUGAACACACGUUUGCGGACUCCGAUGUUAUCGUAAGAGAAGAUGAACCAAGUUCGUUAGUUGCUUUUUGCUUAUCUUCUCACGAUUAUAAACAGAAAAUAAAAUCAAUGGGAGAGAACACUACAGAUGAGAACAUAGAAAUCAAUGAAACUAACAAUAAAAAGUUCAAGAAUUUCACCAAAAUUGAGAAGAAAUUCAAAACAAAUUAUGGCAGUGGGGCCAGACUAAACGAAUUCGAGAGUAUUAUGAUCAAAAAUAAGUCGAAUCAUUUAAAAUACCAAUAUUUGGAUGGUAAUACUAACUUAUCUUGUAAAAUAUUCUACUCAGAACAGUUCGAUGCGUUCCGUAAGGCUUGUGGAAACGACGAGACGUUUAUUCAAAGCUUAUCUCGUUGCGUCAAGUGGAAUUCUAGUGGAGGAAAAAGUGGAUCCAAUUUCUUAAAAACACUUGAUGCUAGGUACAUCUUGAAAGAACUUUCAAAGUCAGAACUUGAGUCCUUCGUGUCUAUUGCACCCUUCUACUUUAAAUACAUUUCGCAGUCGAUGUUUCACACUCUUACUACUGCUGUGGCUAAGAUCUUUGGUUUCUACCAGAUACAGAUCAAAAACACCAUCACGGGAAAAACGUUUAAGAUGGACUUCCUCAUUAUGGAGAAUUUAUUUUACAACCAUAAUACGACCCGUAUUUUUGAUCUCAAAGGCUCCAUGAGGAAUAGACACGUCAAACAAACAGGAGAGGAGAACGAAGUUCUCCUCGACGAAAACAUGAUUGAAUACAUCUACGAAUCGCCAGUCUUUGUCAAAGAACAUCUGAAAAAAUUACUUCGCGGCUCAUUAUUUAAUGAUACCUCCUUUCUCUCAGCCAUGGAUGUCAUGGACUAUUCGUUAAUCAUCGGAAUUGAUGAUUCGUCAAAGAAGCUCUACAUAGGUAUAAUAGAUUGGUUAAGAACUUUUACAUGGGACAAGAAGGUCGAAAAUUGGGUUAAGGGAAACAAUUUAAUUGGAGGAGGUAAAAAAGGUAAAGAUCCUACAAUUGUUACCCCUAAACAGUACAGGACCAGAUUUAGGGAGGCUAUGGAGAGAUAUAUUUUGGAAGUUCCCGACUUUUGGUAUGAAGGAAAAUAA